AAGUUAAAAUUACUUCAAAUUGAACGAAAAUAAUGGAGCCACUAAGUUUUUUUUCGCUGUUGUGAAAUCAUUUUAAAUCUCGUUUUUCAGUAUGUGUCUUUUAGCUGUACACGUUUAUUUUAAUUCACGCUAAAUAAAACUUAAAAAGAAAUUUCUAUCCGUGGAACAUAAUAUGAGCCUUCGUUUUUAAUUGUAAUUUUUCCAAUUUUUCGGGAAUUUUUCCAGAAAAAUUUACACUGCUUGAUUUUCGGAAAACAGUAGCCAUAUUAUCAAAUUUUUCGAGAUCUUUGCAUUAACAAAACGCAAAAACAUAAUUUUGACGUUGAUAUGACAUUUCUGUUUGUUUUGACGUGUUGAUUGACAGUUUUUAAGUUAUUAUGUCUUAGUGGACCUUAGAAGAGUAUGUAAAUGUAAAUUUCUUUUAUUGAAUUUUUGUGAAAAUUUGUUUCAUUCGGUGAAAUAAAUGUAUUCAACGUGUUUCGGACUACAAUGUCUUCAGCUUUAGUACGUCAGGCGCUCGAAUUCGUCGAUCAGGAAGAGAGCGGCGGGACGCGCAGCGGACGGCGCACAGCGACGGCGCGGCGGAGGGCAGUCGGUCAAGACAAUUUUCAGCCAUACAUCCGCAGGAACAAGAAAUCUGCAACCAAAGAGAGUAAAUCUGUGGAACAGAUUGCCGAGCAAAACAUCAAGAAGCUUCUGGCACUUUCUAAACCCUCUACAGACGAAGCUAUUGCUAGAAAGAUAGUAGAUCGGGCUGUCAGAGGAAAACCUUUGCUGGACAAAGUUGAAGUGAAAGUUGAAGAAGAAAAAUCUAUAUUAUUCCCGGACGAGCCGCAGGAGUCAUUUAAAAAGUUCAAGAAAGAAUAUUUCUGCAGCUAACCAACAACUGUCAGGUGCAUGGACGUACCCGAUGCAGUUGUGGGCAAGCUGCUGCUUGGAGUGACUACUUCUCUGUUUUUGGUUUUCAUAUUUUUGAUCAACACUUAUCCUUUUAUUGACGAAGAGUUGUGGGCGAGCCGGUCGUGGCAACCGCGGCCGCAGUGGGCGCUACUGGCCUGCGCGGGCUGGGGCCUGCUCUUCGUCGGGGGGCUCAUGGCCUUCACGCUCUCACAUCUGAAGCCGUACCUGUGAUCCGACGAGAGCCACUGCAACCCGUUCUACAGGCGGCUCAGGCGGGCAAAUAGUGCGUCCGCAGCGUGGCCGACCCCCGAGACGGACCGGGCGCCAUGGCCGAGCGCCAGCACUGGUUCGUGGUGGGCAUCUCGGGUGAGUCCUUCGGAGGGCGGCCGGCGGAGGUCGGGCGGAGGUCGGGCGGAGGUCGGGUCGGUCAGCGCGAGGCGUGUGCAGGCGUGACGUGCGGCGGCAAGACGACGCUGGCGCAGCGGCUGCUGGGCGCGCUGACGCCGGCCGCGCUGCUGCAGCAGGACAAGUACUUCCUGCCCGACGACAGCCCGCGCCACGUGCCCGUGGAGGGGCUGGCGCACAACAACUACGACGUGCUGUCGGCGCUGGACAUGGACGCCAUGCACAGCGACGCGCUGGCGGCGCUGGCGGGCGCGGCCACGGCGCCGGCGCCGGCGGGGGCGCGGCGCCUGCUGCAGGGCAAGCGGCUGCUGGUGGUGGAGGGCUUCAGCGUCCUCAACUACAAGCCGCUGAUGGAGCUGUGCGACCUGAGGUACUACCUGGUGCUGGAGGCGGGCGAGUGCCAGGCGCGGCGCGCGCUGCGCCUGUACGAGCCGCCCGACGUGCCGGGCUACUUCGAGCGCUGCGUGUGGCCGGAGCACCUCAAGUACCGCGCCGAGAAAAAGACGCCCGCGUGCGUUUCCUGGACGGCAGCAAACCGGACGCGUUCGACAUCGUCAUGCGAGACCUGGCCCAACUGGGACUGGUGCCGGCGGAGUGAACAUCGGACGCCCACCCAAACGCCGCUGCCGCACGGCAGAUGUCGCUCAGGACGUUGGUGCUGCAAAACUUUGUGGUGGUGUACGUGCCUCUUAAGUUAUACAGUAACUACCGGACUUAUCGAGAUUCAAUGAGCAAAAGGAACUGCGAAUUUCAAUCCCCAUAAUGUCGCUCAAUUCGUCGGUCUUGCUCGAUCCCGCGAUAUAAACUGGUUUUGAAGUAAUUUAAUGAAAUUGGAGGUUAAAUCUCUUAAAGUACGUUAUCAGAAUUCAUAAAAUCAUCCUCCGAUUCAAUAAGAAGUUCGACGCGGUGAAGAUUAGAUUAAAUUAAAAAUGCUAUUUAUAGGUUUAACAACAAUAAAUGAUUGCCCCGAGUGCGCAUUUCCGUAUUCAAAGACAAUAAAUUAUGAGAAAACAAUAGAUUAAAAGGUUUACGACAUCAGUGAACGUUACUUGAAUGGCUUAAAACUUUACAUUUAGGUAAUAAGUGAAACGGACAAUUUAUUUAGUGGCAACUUGUAUAAGUGGUACACACAUGAAGAUACACACAGCUACAAAUUGUAAGAAACACAAUCGAUGAACGUAAUUUGGACGUAGUUACGCGACAAUGAUUUAAUUUUGAAAAAAUAGACUUUUUGUAAUAUUUGAUGACUAUUUUUUUUUUGAGAUUAGAUUAAAACACAUAGAGCUGGCUAAAUCAUAUGGGAUAAGUUUAAUUUCAUAAAUAAAAAUGUCAAGACACGUACCCCAAGUCAAAUGUUAUGAACUUAUCAUUAGGUCAAAACUGCCAAACCACAUGGCUGAGGUCAAAACUCAUGAUCACAAAUGCCACCAAAUCGAUUUUACUUUUGUAGAUUGUACGUUGUUUAUUUAUCAAUCAACUGGUCAAGUUGUCUACUUAGAUAAUAUAAUAAGAUAUUUAUUCACUCUCACAAAUGGAAGGUUGCAUAAUUCCAGAUUGGUUAUUAUUUCAAUUAAGCUACAAGUUAACUACCUUAAGUGAGAGACUGGAGACCAUACUAGGUAACCAGACCUGUGUUACAGAUCUCCAAGCUCCCAUUUUGUUUGUUACUAGUAGGCAGUACAAAGGCCUAAUAAAGUGAUCUUGUAGAAAUCAUUCUGACAGCGUUGAUUCUUAGUUUAAAGGGUCAGAAAUUGGGAUGUAGUCGAGGGACUGCAUUGCUGCGAGACAUUGUAUAUAAUAAUUAUAACUUUAAGAAUAGUAAAUAAUUGGCUAGACGAUCACAUGUAUGACCUGGUUUCAAAGUAAGCCAUUAUAAACAGAAAAUAUUUAGAGGGAUUAAAAAAGUUUUUAAACAUUUAUUUAUUUAGUGGAUAAUUAAAUUAUAAUUCUUGUUAGAAUAUGAACAAAAAAUUCAAGAAUCAUUGCGACUUAUUUGAAGUAAUUUCAGAAAUAUCGAUAUAGGUCUUUGACAGGUUGACAUGUGAAAAUUUAAACUAUGUAAUGGUUAAUAAAGGUUGGAUCAUUAUUGCGUAGCUACGCUCAUUUCUGCAAGAUAAAUACACACGAUUGUAGAUAGCAGGCUCAAGGCACCGCAUAAAAUAUGCACUAAACUGAAUAAUGUAACGGUAAUCAAACCUUUUAAUCUUAGGUAAAGUAACAGCUAUAAGCAAACUUGUGUUUCCUCAGUUUGUGUACUUCAUGUUAUCUUUUCAUUUGUUUUGACCGCUUGCUUUUGCCGUGGCCCAAUAGUACUGGGCCCAUGGGUACUGGCGGUAGGACGUAGGGUAUGAAUUUUAUAACUCGUUUUAAAUAACGCCUUAAUGCCUUUAUAAACUUACUUUAACGUCAAAAUUAUAUAUUACUGUCACUUAGUGCUUAAAAAAAUUUAAUAUAAAUUUAUAAAUCGUUUUAGUAUAAAUAUUCUAUGUAAUAAUAAUCCUAUUAAUUGCUGCCUACUUUUGGUAGUUUUGAAUUCUAAGGAAAUUAUGUUUGCUAAAGGGGUUAGAUUGAAACGACAGAGGAUGCGUACUGCACGUCAAAAUAUGUGCGCGGUAAACUAAGCAUUAUUUGAUAAUAACGUUUCCUACUCCUGGGGGACCAGGUGGUCGAGAGUAGACCCCCAGAAGUGGUUUAUUCUUCGUUCGUUGCCUGUUGCAGUGAGUGCGAUUUGAGGGGUUGGUGCAUAUUUUCGUACUACUUACGUUAUGCAGUUCUAGCUUCCGAGUAUAAUUAUUACUAAGAACCCUUUAAUCAGGUAUAACGUUACUUCAAUUAACUUCUUUCCUUGACCGUUAGGGUAAACUGAUAAGUAGUUACAGUUUUCAAGGAUAUCCGUGAAUUCAAGUAUACAGCGGGUGCCACUAAAUAUCUAUACAUGUGUAAGUGAAUAUCAUGCCUCAUGCCUUAAAUCAAAAGUAUAAAUUGCGCAUUUAUCUGUUGAGCGAGAUAAGUAUAAUAUUAUGGUGUAAUAUUAUUAGCAUUUCCGAAGCUUAGAUUAUAAAGAUUAAGAGUAGUACUACGCGUUUUGUGUAAUUAAAAUUAUAUUAAUUCACAUUUUGCAGUUUGCAUAUUAAAUAAAAAUUAAUUAUAUUUCGAGUUCAUUUGCAUUUUUAUUUUCAAAUUAAUUUUAAGUUGGAAGUAUUUCAAUUGUAAGGUAAGUGUAUCCACGUUAGGAGCGAUGUUUACAAAAGGACGAAGCAUACAAUGUGAUCGCAGACAGUCUAGCCGCUGAGCGCAGGCCCGGGGGUCUACUGCGAGUUUAUAACGUACCAGUCUGGUUUCUUGCAGUACAUUUGCGUGGUAAAUCUCAAUCGUUUAAAUUCUUAUUAAAGUACACAAAGUUGAAUGGCGGUUGCACGGCAAGAUAGUGGUUUUAGUUUUUUAACAUUGGUUGUCGUUUCCGGCUCGCCAACGCUAUCAUCUAAAAAGCGAGAUGGAGCUACACAGUUAAUAAUGUGAAAAAAAGAUAGUCGUAUAGUUUAUCGUUACACGUGAACUCUUAUUGUCAAAUUUAAAGUUAUUGUGGCGAGUUUGUUUCGUCGUUUCAUAAUCGAAUUCCAUAAUUUUUAACACUUAAAUAUUGCGCCAAAUGGGGAUUUGGCGAAAUGUAAAAGUUUAGUAUCCACAUCAAAUCCGGAAACGGGCUUAAAACGGCGGACAGCCGAGUAUUUUUUUGUCUGUUUCGACAGCUGAGAGUCGUUCAGGUGCUCGGUCGAUACGGUUUUCCUGCGGCUCGACCCGGUAUCUCGCGCGAGGGCGGCGGAUCGCCACAACGGCUGGCGGGGGGAAAGAAAGG